UGACGCCGACAAAACCGCCGACUUUGUGAAUUACUCUCGGUGUGAAAUCCGCUUCCAAGUACGGCCGUCCGACCUGUGCCAGGGUCGAAGCCGCUCGGGCUCGUUUGGGCGCUUGUCGACGCGCCUGUUCGCCCAGAGCUAGUUAGCCAGCUGCGGUAGUGGCUAGCUGGCUAGUGAGCUAGCCAGCAUGCUAAGUGACAGGCUGAUUGCUAUUGGUCAGCCACCCAGGCGCUCAGUGGGUGCCUGUUUAACUGGCCGGCUAGUCAGGGUGGGGCGAGGUUUGUUUACUUUUGUGAUCAAAUAGAAACGGAAUCGUCCUUCAAGUGUGAUUAACAGUUGAAUGUCGUAUUUAAAUUGACAGUGAAGUGAGUGUCCAAGGUCUAAAACAGCAAUAUACAGUGGUCAUGUCCUGUAUUACUGAAAACUCAUUACUUGUUAACGUAACGUAGUGGAGUUAGAUUUGUACACUGACAUUGCCUCACAGCCAUUACUAUCCUAGUGUGAAUUUUCUCCAGGUGACGACCAGUUUAUGCAAAUGGGCACCUUUUGGUGCGCUCGUUAAAGUAAUACACGCCGAAUAACCCCAAUAUGUCGACCGUCGCGCUUUCUCGCCGGUGUGUGCCGUGCGGUAAAAUAAACACCCCGCGGGCGCAGCAAGUUAGCUUGUCCUGCUAAAGUGUCUAAACACAAGAAAAGCCGGCCAAAAAACACGCACAACAGCGUACCCGACGUUGAACUACCGCGACGCAUGUGAUUUUUCAAAAUGUUAAUGGAGACAGCUGACUAAAGACCAAGAGCCACCCUUUCAUUUGGAAGACUUACCCAGAGGAGGUGGUGCUGGACGUUUGCUUGGAAUUUUAAUCCUUGUACCCCGUCCUUUGGUCCACACAUUUGCUGAUGACAACGUCUGAAGGCUAUCCCGCUUUGUGAGUCAGAAGAGGAGAGGUUGGGCAGAUGUUCAAGUGAGUGCCAUCCAACCAGCCUCUCAGAGGGGAGGGGUGGGGGGUGUCGAUGCCGUGUAGCUAGUUUCGUGCACCCCCCCGAGUAGAACUGGAGGCCUCUGAUGGAUCAGGGUUGUAGUGAGCAGUGUCCAGAGGAGGUGGACUCUGGCGGCCGGGCGGAACUGGAGGGUGGUAGGAGGGCGUCUGAGUCUGAGCAUGGUUUGUCCAAAAUCACCCAUAACGCCCUGGAGAACAUGGGAGCGUUGGGCCAUGGCCUGAAGCAGCUCUUCCACACACAGCGCAGACGCUCCUCUGUGUCCCCACACGACACCGCCGCUUCCUGUGCGGGCGCCCCUGUUUCCGAGCCCACCGAUGUAGUCUCAGAAGUCGGGGACGCUCGAGCCCCCUCGGCCCUCUCCUUGGAUUCUGACGGCCCUGCCGCUUCCGCCCCUCCCGCAGCUCUGAGCCGCGUGCUGCAGCAGAUCCGCGGCGCUCCGCCAAUGAUGAAGCGAGGCACCAGCCUGCAGAGCCGCCGCAGCAAGGCGGGGGUCACCGGGGACGGCCCCCGGAAAGGUAGCCCCCAGAUUCACCGGCGCAGCACCCACGAGGCCCUGCUGCAGGCUGGGCGCCCUCGCUCCUCCUCCACCACGGACACGCCCAGCAGCCCCGCCCUGGCAGACAUGUUGCUCACAUCCGGCUACCAUUCCACUGAGGAGCCUGACAAGCCGGAUCGCUAUGAUGGAUCGGCCCCUGCUGCGUCACCUAACGCCGUUUACUGCGGCGCGGACGGGUACGACGUUGUCGACAGCACGCCGGACCCUCAGCGCACAAAGCAGGCUAUCGCCCAACUGCAGCAGAAAAUCCUCAAACUCACCGAACAAAUCAAAAUCGAGCAGACGGCGCGUGACGACAACGUGGCCGAAUACCUUAAGCUGGCCAACAACGCGGACAAGUUGCAGAGCGUGCGGAUCAAGCAGGUGUUUGAGAAGAAGAACCAGAAGUCCUCUCAGACCAUCCAGCAUCUGCAGAAAAAGCUGGAAAACUACCACCGCAAGCUUCGCGAGGUGGAGCACAACGGAAUCCCACGCCAGCCCAAAGACGUCCUACGAGACAUGCACCAGGGCCUGAAAGAUGUCGGUGCCAAGGUGACGGGCGGCCUCUCCAGCAUUUCCCAAGCCACUCACUCCGCAGCCGGAGCUGUGGUGUCCAAGCCGAGAGAAUUCGCUUUCCUCAUCCGCAACAAGUUCGGCAGCGCCGACAACAUCACCGCCCUCAAAGAUUCUCUGGACGAGACGCCGGGAGACGAGGCGGUCGGCCCCGGGGGCGUGAGGGCCCUGGUCGCGGGGCACCUGCAGUCCAGUCCAAAGUACGGCAGCGAGGACGACUGCUCCAGCGCCACUUCGGGCUCGGCGGGAGCCAACAGCACUACGGGAGGCCACGGGGGGCCCCCCAGCUCUAGGGGGAACACACUUGAUCCUUCUCAGGCGUCGGGCUUCGACGCUAUGCUUCACGAGAUCCAAGAGCUGCGGGACAACCAAGGUCGACUCGAAGAGUCCUUUGAAAAUUUAAAGUCGCACUAUCAGCGCGACUACACCAUGAUCAUAGAGGCCCUACAAGAGGAGCGAUACAGGUGCGAACGCUUGGAGGAGCAGCUCAACGAUCUCACCGAGCUGCACCAGAAUGAAAUCCUCAACUUGAAACAGGAACUCGCCAGCAUGGAGGAGAAGAUCGCCUACCAGUCCAACGAACGAGCCAGAGACAUUCAGGAGGCGCUGGAGGCCUGCCAGACACGCAUCUCCAAGAUGGAGCUGCAGCUGCAGCAGCAGCAGCAGCAGGUGGUUCAGCUGGAGGGUCUGGAGAACGCCACGGUGCGGACGCUGCUGGGCAAGCUCAUCAACGUGCUGCUGGCUGUCAUGGCCGUGCUGCUGGUGUUCGUCUCCACGCUGGCCAACUGCGUGGUGCCGCUGAUGAAGACGCGCAGCCGCACGCUCUCCACGCUGCUUCUCGUCGUCUCUGCGGCUUUCCUGUGGAGGCACUGGUACGCUUUCUCCGAGUAUUUGCAUCGCUUCCUGCUGCACCCCAGAUGACGCGACGGCGCACGGGACUUAGCUUUUCGCAAGGCGACACGACUUCCCGUGCGGCAGCCCUCUUCACGCUCAUCGCGUCGUCACCAGAGAGAGACAAGAUGGCCGCUCCGUUCGCCGUCUUUGGUGCAAUUGUGGCUUUGAGAGAACUGCACACUUUAUUUCUCUCUUUUGAGUCAGUUUGUUUACAUGUGGACCACUUUACAUCGUCGCCCCACACACGAUAUUGUAUUUUACCUUUUUAUUGCUUUUAACACUACUCCUGUCGCAUAUUUGUUUUAAACUCAUCUGUGGACGUCCACAUUUUUAAUUUGUACCUUUUUUUCCUUUCGACUUUGUUCAAACAUGAGCUUUUGUGACCAACUCUUCCUCACUCGAAGGACACAGCUGCGCCAUACACCGGCUCAACUGGAAGUUUCACUGCUGAAGAUGAUCUAUGAACUCAACAUACUUGAAGUGCUCAAAGACUCAGUGCUUCCGUACUGUUUCUAUUAGUGACAAUAAAAUAGUCAAGACUUUUUUUUUUUUUUAAAG